UUGUAAGUGUGUUAAAGUUUUACUGAUUGUUUUGUUUGAUUGAUUGAUUGAGAUGUCGGACAUAUUAUAUAUAAUUGAGUGCAAAUUGAUGCCAAAUUUUAUCGAUUCAAUGGCCAACGUGUCGAUAGCAGCGGGACGUAACACAAUGCUUGAGUGCACUAUCAAUAAUCUCGGCAAUUAUACGGUGGCCUGGCUCAAAAUGGAAAAUAUAGAUAUUAAAGAUAAAUCCACAUCAGAUAUGACACUAUUGACAGUACAUACCCAUACCGUUACGGAAGACCAACGCAUCCGUGUAUCGCAUAAUAACUAUCGUCAGUGGUAUCUACACAUCAAAACAGUCAAACCACACGAUAAAGGGUGGUAUAUGUGCCAAAUAAAUACGGAGCCAAUGAUAACAUCGAUUGGUUACGUGGAUGUAUUAAUUCCGCCAUCGAUAGUCGAUUCGGACACGAGUUCGGAUACAGCAGUCGAUGAAAGACAGCGGCUAUCGUUGCGCUGUCGGGCUAAUGGUUACCCACAACCGACUAUUACGUGGCGCCGGGAGGACAACAAAGAUAUUAAUUUGGGUCUCUAUGGCGGCAAAAAAUAUUCAGCAACUAAAGUCGAGGGCGAGUAUCUAAACAUCAGUCAAGUUACUAGAGAUGAUAUGGGAGCCUAUCUGUGUAUAGCAUCCAAUUCAGUGCCGCCCAGUGUUAGCCAAAGGAUUAUCGUUAGAGUUAAUUUUCGCCCAAAAAUUAAAGUAACCAAUCAAUUGGUCGGCUCAUCAUUGGGUAGCGAUGUCACCGUUGACUGUAUAUGCGAGGCAUCCCCUCAGCCGAUCACCUAUUGGAUCCGUUCGGACGGAACCAUACUAUUGUCGUCAUCCGAUAAAUAUCAGACACAAGAAGAAUACGAUUCCUAUAGGACACGGAUGUUGCUGAAGAUUACCGAUUUGGAUGAUAAAGAUUUCGGUAGUUAUAAAUGUGUGGCCAAAAACAGUUUAGGAGAAAAGGAAGGACUGGUCAGACUGUACGAGGUUCAAAUGCCGCACAACUCUGAACUGGCGUCCAGCGUAUGGCCGCCCAGUUUGUUGGCACCGGCAGUAAUGGACAACAAUAACGGGAACGUAUCGUUUGUCAGGUUGUCGUCGUCAUCAUCGGGCGGUUCACAGCAGCCAAUAAAUGGUGACCAAACCAGACUACAAGGUUAG